AUGGAGGAAGUAAAAGGUAACGAUAACGUUACAACAGGUAAAAAAGGUAAUGACAAGAUUGAUAGUGAUGAAGAUAUUGAUAAAGCUGGCGAUGACUGUGAUGCUGAAAUCGAUGUCGAUUUUGAUAAUGAUGAUGACGGCAGUGAUGUUAUUGAUGAUGUUGAUGAUAAUGAUGGUGAUGGUGAUGAUGAUGGUGAUGAUGAUGGUGAUGAUAAUGGCGAUGAUGAUGGUGAUGGUGAUAGUGAUAAUGGUGAUAGUGUUGUCGAGGACGAUGAGAACAACAUUAGUAGAAUUGGGGCAGAAGAUGAUAUCUGCAAUGAUGAAGAUGGUGAUAGAGACAAUGAUGGUGGAGAUUUAAACGACCUUGGUGACGAUGAUGAUGAUUGUACCAACGGUGGUAAGAAUGACGAUGGCAAUGAUGACGAACCAAAUUCUGAUGUCAGUUGUGACGAUGGAGAUAAUGACUUUGACUGUGACAGUAAUAUUGAUGUGUGAGGAGGGUGAGACUCUUCAAAGUGACGUUCUGUUGAUCCUGCGGACGAUUCCACUUGAUGUAAAGCAGAUAUUGAGAUCGAUACGCGAUUCCAUCUGGACGGCGCCUGAUGAGAGGAGGUUUGUGAAUGGUACAAAGUGGUCACCGAGCUGGAAGAAGAUGACGCCUUCCUGGAAUUCCUGGUGUUCGACAUCGAGUUUGGCAAAAUAGACAACCUAGAUGGCGUAGUGGAGGAUAAAGGGUAAUCUUUGCUGUAAAUUAGUUGGACUGACGUAAAUAGAUUUGGAGAGAUAAAGUUUUUGGGAGAAUCUGUGAAGAGUUCUGUGGCAGAUGGUACUUGCAAACUCGCAUUUGCUUUUGAGGUUUGGAGCAAGGCGUUUUGCCACAGAUUUGAAACAGACAUUUGGCUUCGGAGCCUCUGCGCCUUAUUAGCAGGGUAAGCUUCGUAAACCGAAGAUGUUACGAAACCGACAAAUGCUGUUGGUAUGACAUCAACCGCAGUAGCUAUGGUAGCUGAGGACAAAGGCUUUUCCUGAAGUCUUUGUUUUGAGGGAGAGAUCGAUGAGGAAACUAUUGAAGUCAGUUCCUUACCUGCAAAAAAUGUUACGGUUAGUUUAAAUGAGAACAGUUUUUGCUCGAUGGCCGUUUAUGUGUAUAUGUCCCUUAUAGCGCGGUGCUAAUAGAUAGGAGAAGUCGUUACAUCACGUUGCCACGGUAGCAACAUUUCUGCAUGACAACAAACCAAAAACGUCACUUAAAAAGUGAAUUCGCACUGUUUCAAACUUCAUCGAUUUUAUUCAGUUUCAUUUAAUUUGUUAAAUGUUGGCAAAAUUCUCUGGGUUUGAAUCCGAAAGGACCGUAUCUGAGUUUAGAAAAAGAAAAAGAAAAUUUUUGUGCUGUGUUCACAAACUAGCUCCAUAGAGCGGGCGCUGUAACGACGGCUAAGAAAUGUACAAAAAAGCGUGAUGUACGUGCAAAGUUGUUGUUUUGUUCUCGUUGUUGUCGCCGUCGUCCUUGAUUAAGCUCUCCAUUGUUGUGAUCCAGAAUUUUUUCUAGCAUGGCAACCUGACGUCACACUUCUCCCCUCUAUUGCGUGCACAGUUAGUUACCAGUCGAAAUAUUGGACUUUAAAGAAACCGCACCCACCUUAAUGCCUGCUAUAUAUUGUACUAAAGAAUUUAUCGUAUGUACUAACUUCCCUAAGUUUAACAUUGAAGAGAACUCUUCCACAUCAGCUUUCUCCAAGAGAUAUCCGAAACAAAGUGUCGUUCAUGUCGUGGACAUCCGCUCUGCACAGAAGUAUGGGUAGAACUUUCGUUAAAACUAUGGAAGUUUUCACUCCAACCGGCAUGAAGGAAAUACCUUGGUAGGGCGACGAACCCCUGACUGAGGAAUUCAUGCGCUGUUUGCUGUGCACGCAUUUGUUCGGGUAAUUUGCCCUUGCCGGAAUUUUUUUUUGUACUUAGCCCUCCCGUUUUAGUUUUUUUUUUUAACGGUCCGUCACCUUUAAAUGUCAUGAUGAGAGUGAUUCCACCAAGUUAGAAAACACCACCUGUAUCUGUGAUCGUAUUAGAGAGGUUAAGCAAAAACGCCAAGCGCGAAUUUGUACCACGUGACCAAGUUUUCCGUUUACAUGUCGUUUACUGUUCAUUAUUUCUACGCAUAAAUUAGUACUUGUUUCACGCAAUUUUUAUCCAUAAGAGUUGUUUUGUUUUGAGUGGUUUUUAUCUGCUCAUUUUCUAUUUUGAGUAAUUCUCACUGACUUGAUUCUAACGUUUGCCGUUUGCCGUAUACGUGAAGCUUUAUAAACUCUCUAAUAAUAAACAGUUAAAAAAGGGAAAACUGUGGUAUGCAGCACGAUUAUCUAUGUCAGCCACUUUAACCUCAGUGGAAUCUCGUAGCGUCCAUAGCUCUCAGACAGCCAGUCACUUUACACUUUACACGUUUUAUAAGGAUCCCAACUGAUUUGAACCAGCACUGAUAAAAAUCAUCCUAAUCGGCUUUCAUCUGCAAGUGGGUAGUUUUUGAAUUUAAUCAUCAAAAUAAUCGUAUAACGUAUUUUCAUAAUACGGCCUAGUUGGGGACGCCGAAUUUUUCAAAAUUUCCCUUUACAGUCGAUCAUUUAGUAAAGGUGCAAACAAAUCUACAUGACUCGGUGCUGUUUGAAAAGAAACAUUUUUGUGACAUGUGUGUUUGUUUUCUUGAUUAAUGUGGGAAGUUUAACCCCACUGAUGCACCUAAAGUCCAUAUUUUGGAUAAUUUAACAUUAAGCAAAUGAAUCUCGAGCACAAAAACUAUUAAUAAAGUUUCAUAUCAAUGAUAACACCAUCUGAUUUUUUAGGUGGCACUGCCGGGGCAUCUGAUUAAGGUGUUUGUUUGUUCGCCUUCAAAAUCGCCCAGGGUUUUACGUUUUGACCCUUAAGAUCUCUUGUAUCUAAACUGAAAUUGUCAUUUGUUGCCCUAUUUCAUUUCCCAUGGAACUAGUGGGGUGAAGUUAAUAAAAGAUGAACUAUAUGUAACUGAAUUUUACUUGGUUGCACCUGUUUUUCUUGACAAUAGAUGUGGUAUCUAGGAACUGAAAAUAUUUUCGAUCAGUGUCUGCAGUGUUAUUUCGCUAAAUUCACCAAUUAACCGUCCGUGAACAAAAACCGUGCCAAUAAAGUUAAGUAGAUAUACUAUAGCUCCUUGAUAAUAAUUUUUGGCCUCACCUUCGAUUUCCACUAGUAAUUGUAGGGCGACACUCAAAAACAAAUUCAAUUUCAUUUUGCCGGGAAAAUCGACUUGUCAGUUUGAUUUUUGGACUCUUGGGUUAAUCUCCGAAUAGCUCACACUCGAGUAAUUUCAAAGCCUGAACCUUUCCCACGGCACGACAACAAAGUUCCCACUGCGAGUCUGAGAACAUUUUAAUUCAGUUUGUUAUUUAACCCAGUGGGAGAGAACUGAAAUUUAGUUCGACUCGACUUAGUCUGGUGGGUUUGCAAAGAUUGCAUCUUUUGUAUCCGAUAUCAGAAAGGGAUAAAAUAAGAGAACUAUUGCGAAGUAGGAUUAAUGAGACCUAUCCCACACCUUAAAGUAAUUUGAGUGCUAGUAAAAGAAAUAUGCCCAGCCUGUUUAAAAAAUCAGCAAUGUCAAUGAUAAUUAUGAUAACAGUAGAACUAGAGGUUACAAAUUAAUUGUAAGUAUAAUGCUGCGAGCAGAUUCUGGGCAGUAAAAUAUCAUCGCUUGAGAAACAGGGGAGAACUGACAUACACUUUUUACAGACCCUUUUACUGAGUCAGUUAAUAGUUGUGAGAUAAAGGACUACAAGGGAGUUCUAAAAUCACGAGUUCUUCGUGAUAUGGGUCUUAACUUGCCAGUUUACAGUCAUACGAAAGUGAAUAGAAAUAACACAACAAUUUUAAAUUUACCAGACAUGUUUCGGCAAACUUAUGGCAUUUUCAGUUGUAGAAGCUCGUUACAAUUUGAAUUUGCUAAUUACAACGAUUUUGAUGAAAACUAAAUGUGACAAAAGAACAGUGAAGAGAGAGAAAGAAACAGCAAAAUUAACAGCUCAUCUUACAUGAACAGUGACAGUUUCACAUAUUUCGCCUGUUGAUUUAGAAUAGGUUUCUUUAGCCUGUUCCAGGUGUUCAGUUGGUGGGGACAAGUUAAAUCGUACGCGGUGAGCGCAAAAAGAAACACGAAGGGAAAAAACGGGGGGAGACUGGGGCGGGAGCGUGAAAUGCUCCCUCCCUUUUCCCGCCCUAUUUUUUCCCCCGUCAAUUUUUCGCCCGCUCCCCACCAUCUGAGCAUCCGGAACAGGCUAAGGUUUCUCCCCCUUUAUAUACAUCGCCUCCUUAAUCUUUAAGUGGAAUCCAGAGGCGGCGGUAUCAAGGAUAGUGAAACAUUCCGUAGAACAGGAUUCUCUGCAAGCUUGAGAUGAAGCAAUGAGUUUGUAGUCAUGAGAAGUCUUGUCCGAUAAAAGGCGCUCACCAAGAGCCAUAUUAUCUCUUGGCGCUCACAGAUGCGAGUUGAGAAGCGGCGAAACUGUUUGCGUGCGCCAUUACACGGAACUCCCCCCUGAUUAGCCAGAACCCGGUGUGUUCCGGGCCUGUUCCUUGUUUUACAGAUCAUUACAAGGGCAAGAGAUGUAGCUUUUGCUGACUGGUUUAUGGGACUUUACAGUUAUUCUAAAUUUGUAUCAAAAUCUUCAACCCUCCAGUAGUAGGCUUAGAUACAUAAAUCCAGAUUUUUUAGAACGUGAUUUUUAGAAAUGUUUUUAGAAAAUGUUAGGAUUUUUGGACGAUAAUGUUUAGAAAUACACAGUUGUCAUGUUUUUGGCCUCGGUUAUGCCACAUGAAAUGUCAAACUCUAUUUAGAGCUUAUUGUCGUUAUCGUUUGUUUGAAAGAGAAAUUAUAUGUAAACGAGACGAGCCACUGACUGAAGGUUUGUUCUUCCUGUGGUUACAUUUAAAUUGAGCAGGUCCCAAGUAUAUGAUUAUAUGAUUAUUUCGGGAAAAAAUUGGGAUAAAUCAGCAUUUUUAGAAUAAAUUUGGAGAUUUUUAGAGAAAAAAUUGGGAUUUAUAAACAUGUUGGGAGAAUUUCUUGGUAGAUUAUCCACGGGUUAUCUGGGCUCACGGGAACAUUGCCCUGCGCCAGCGAUCGAUGGCAACAAAACUGAGGCGCACGCAUGCUAUUACAUAGGAAACCGCUAGACAGGAACCAGAGUUCUGAGUUUGUUGAGAGCGGUGUAUUUUCUACCUAGCUUUAAAAGUAAAUUUAGUUACUCUUUUCCUAAUACCAUUAUUUGGGUUUAAACCACGCAUAUGUCAAGAACCUUAAAAGUAUAAUAAAACGUAUGGCAAGAAGUCGGAGUCGUUCGCCUCGAGGCAGAGGUAAGGCCGCUAUAAACGUUCAACAAACGUGUUUUAGCCAUGCAUGGUUAUGUUAUCGGUUAUUUCUAUCGCUUUUUUGCUAAUUAUUUUUAUUUUUUCUAGUUUUCACGGAGCGUCGCCGUAGCCGAUCGAGAUCUAGAGAAAGAAAGAAAGGCGGAGGUCAGUCAAAAUACGAUUCCAUAAAUAAGUUAAGAUAAGAAAUUCUUGAGCUGUGGUAAGCCACCAAUGAAUGAAAACAGUGAAACCAGCUUUAAAAGUCACCAAAUGGACUUUCCACAGUGUCCAUUUAACAGAGAACAAACACUUCAGGUUUGUCUGCCUCUCACUAUUCAGAAUUUUAUAAAUAUUAUAUAAUUUUAUAAUUUUAUAUAUAUAUAUGAUAAUGUCAUCAAGGACCCAGGAGCAGAAAGCAAAGAGUAAAAUACCAGCAAAUGCAUGGAUGUUUUAUUUUAUUUUUUUAUUCUUUGUGUUUAUGAUGAUUAAAAAACAGGCUGGUUCAUUAACAUUCAGUUUGGAGGACAUGCGAAGCAUGAUAGUAGGAUAGUGAUUCAGUUACUGAAUUUUGGUUCAGCUAAGGCUUAACAAAAUGUUAUCACCAUUGCUGUAAAGUGCCUAUUAAGUUAUUAGUAAAAUCCAACUAGUGGUCUAUUAUCAAUGCUGCAUUCUGAUUGGUGAAGCAUCAGGGUUUGCAAAUUUUUUUGAUGAGUGGAGUCAGUGUGACUUCUGCUUCACAAAUUUUAGAGUCAUUUUGGAAUAUUUGGAGUCAAGUAUCACAACGAAAAAAAGCCAUUUUCAGACUUUCCAGCACGUGGCCCUGGCAUGUAUACACUAUCGUGAGGGAUACACGAAGUAGCUGAGGCGGUCCGCUGACUUGGAAAGCUCAAAUCCAUAAUGGCGGUCAUCGAGUAAACUUUGAUCGUAAUUUACCCUCUUCCUGUUUUGUCGUGCAGUAUAAUUCUUUAAUUUCGAUGGUUUGAUUAAGGUUUGCAAUUUUACAAUUAACGUAAAUUGUAUUUGUUGUAAAAAAGGUAAGGACAAAACUGUGUUUGUUACCAAAAAUUUCUUGAGUUGAAGUGACUCCCUCCGUAACCUCAGUAGAGUCAUCUGAACAAUUUUGGCGUAAAAUACGCCAAAUUUGGCGUAUUUGCGAACCCUGAGUAUAUACUAGGCUAAUAAUAUUAUUGUUAACAAUUAUUGUCAUAGCCCACUAGUAGUGAAAAGUGCCAGCGUUUUGGUGGCAAAAAAAGGAGAAAAGUCUAUUUUUAACCAGCUAAAGUUGUUUUGUCUCUAUAUUUUUGACCAACUAGUUGAAUUUUAGUUAAACAAUUAUUCCCCUCGUCCUCAUGGCCUCUGAGUCCAUAGCCCAUUAAAUUGGCCUUUGGCGUCUUUGGCUAUUAGUGACUCAGAGCCCAUUCAGGCUCAAGGGAUAAUUGUUAAAUAGUCAUUCUAGUUACUAAGACAAUAUCCUUGCCAGGUUUAGAAUACAGUGUUGAUAAAUGGCUAAAAUGAAACAUUUGACAGUUAUAUGUAGACCUUCCUUUGUUUCCCUGUAUUUCUUUUUUACUUUGAUUGUUUUUUUUUUCAGAUCGCAGACGAAGUAGAUCCAGAUCACCAAAGCGACGAAGGCAUAGAUCAUAUUCAAGGUAAAUAUCCGCAAAAUACUGCAUUGCUUCAUCAUUGAUUAUUCCUUGCCAUAGUUUUUAUGAAGAUUGAUGUUAUUAAUUUGGGAGUACAGCUUUUCAAGUAGAUGAGACUUUUUGUUUGUUUGUUUUUUUUUAAGUUUGUCUGCUACUCUAAGGUUGGGACUUUAAGUUAGCCUUUACUUUCAUCUUUAAGGAUAGGAAUUUCUACUUUACACUAUACAUGAUAACUGAGUAGCCAUAAAGAGCUUUAGGUAAUGUUCCAUAUGAUGGUUUAUGUUUCCUUUUUCCUAGAUCUCCUUCCCCACGAAGACAGAGGAGGUAAAAUAAUUCACUUUUAUUCCCUUGUCUUGUAUGUAUCAACUCAAGAGCUAGUAGGUCUGCAGUCUAAAGACAUCAUUACUGAGAUAUGGCAAUGCAAAAUGUUCUUACCGUAAUCUCUCUAAUAACCUUCCCGCUUCCCCCUCUCCCUCCUAUUGAACAGUCAAAAUUUAUUAAGCACCCCCCUCUCCACUAAUCCUCCCUCAACUUUCAUGGUUUAAUUUACCGCACCAAACACGUAACAAUAAUAUUAAAAUAAUAAAUGGAUAAUAAAUAAAUAAAGGGAAAAAAUUGAAAUAUCAUGAAUGAGUGUAGCAGAGCUGUCUCUCCAGUUUUAAAUGAGUCUAUAGCCACAACAUUGAAUUUCCUUGCAUAUAUAAAUUAUUAGGUUAUUUUCAUCAUUAUUACUUUUUUAAAAUCAAUUUUAUUCUUUGCUAUCACAGUUUGUGACCAUUUUCUGAAUGUUAAUGUUAAAUUUGGCUCUUUUAAAUUAGAUCUUUUGUAGUUAAAGUUUUCCCUUAGGUUUUUACUGAACCUCGGUCUUUCUUCAUGCCUAGCCCAGCUGUGAAUUUUGACCGUGGAACGACUUUGCAAUGGCUUUGAUUUAGACGCCGAACUUUUCAUGUACAUUUGUACUGAACCUAAUAAAUGCAUAAAUAAUAAUAACGCAUUUUGUAAGCAGUUUAACAAAAAUGAGCAUUUUUCUUCUUUUGAAUUUAGUUCGGCUGAAAUUAAGAUCGGCAUCUGAGUCAAUUCAGGCCGUCUAGACAAUUUGGGUCGGCCUUAAUUCAAAUUAGGUUCGGCUCAUGAAAAGUUCAGCCUCUGAACCGGGCCUUAGGUGUUACAUGUAUAAAUAAACUACUACUUACUUACUACCUUGUGGAAUCAGUUUGGGCAGCCCUGAGCAACAUGCAAACUAGGCCCAUUUUACCUUUCUGGAUAGCUUCUAAUAGUUCUUGUGUACAGCCUCAAGGAUUAUAUUAUUAAUUUAGUUUGUAUCGGGCUUUUAGCUAGACAUUGAAAACAGUGCAUUCUGCCCAGGAGGCAUGUUUUCCCAUUAUAAUAUUAGCAGAGUUCAUGUCAUUUCUCCUUGAAUUUCUUAUGAAAGUGGGUGUUAACAGGAUCCCUGGACACCCCUCUAGCUAAAUCCUUGGUUUGUAUCAUUGCAGGUCACAGUCUCCAAGAAGACGGAGGUCCAGGUGAGUUCUGAUUUCAUUCAGUUACAUAUAACACUUUAUGAGAAGUAUCUCUGUAUUAAAAAGUUGUUUCCUCUUCUCCUUUUUUCUGGCAGGUCGUCAUCACCCAGACGCUCCCGGAGAUCACAUUCAAAGUGAGUACAUUUUUACGUAAACUAUUAGAUCUAUUUAAUACUACUUUGAUGUUAAUUUGUUAAAUAUUACAUCAAACAUUGUUUAUUUGUUAAAUGUUUGUUAUAAAGUUGACCUAAUCUAUUUUGCUAUUUUGUAUAAUUACAUGACUUGAAUUUUUUUUUCAACAAAAACAUUUUUCAUCUUGUCGACUGCUAGAAUGAAGUUCCUCUAUUUUUUUUUCCAUAGGUCUCCAGACAGGGAGAAAUCACAUGAUGAAUCAGCUAAAAAAGCUGAAAAUGGCUCAGAAGGUGGUGCAGGUAGGAAUGUUAUCUGUUUUUGAUAGUUUUACUUUUCUAUCCUAUGAUCAAAGUAAUAAAUGCACAGUCUGAAAGAAAAAAGUAGCUUAUACUGGUAACUGGCCAUCGUAGCGUAGGUAGCCCUUAUCUGGGUUUGUUGAGGUAGCUUAAUACAAGUUCUCUGUAUUUUUAAUUACUUCUAAUCGGUGAAUGAAUAGUACUACUCUUUUCUAUCUAACGCUGCAAUAGUGAUGUCAAACAAAUAUCCAAUUACAUUUCCUAAACCUAAUCCUAACUUUCUCCUUAGUGUAGUGGUGGCCCUGGUCAUUCAAACGUUGGAUAGCACUAUCCAUCAGAUAAAUAAUUAUCCAGCGGAUAAGUAUUAGAGAAACCAAUGCAGUUUAUUGCAUUAUCCUGAGCACUGCAUACAGAGAAUUGUCCAGUGGAUAGCAGUACCCACCUUUAUAUCAAGUAGUCCCUGUACUACUUUAGGAGUACAUCAUUAGAGGUCAUUUCCUUGGUACAACAGCUUCCCAUAGCAUCAGUUUGUGUUCAAAACUCAGUAUAGAAAUAGUUAGAACGUUCAUUUAAUCAAAUUCAGUAGUACAAGCAUGCUUCGUAUUUCCAUUGUGCAUGCUGUUGACCACAUGGGGAAAUGAUGACGAAAGUGCAUGCUCAAAGCAGCACAUGUUAAUUUCCAUGCCAGCAUUAUCAUAAUUAUCGUUAGUUCAUGGUUCAGCUGUUGGUGUGUCAAGAUUAGAUGUAUUUCAAAAGUUCGGUGAGCACCCAAUAGGCUAGAGUUGCUCUCGUCUAUGCCACUAGAAACUUAUGCUUCUUUCUUGCUCUCCAAAUUUCCCCACAUGCUUCAAAUCUCAAUAUAAUUAUGCAUGCAUACUAACUUGCAAUUGAAGUUACAAAAUUUGCUAUCAGUUCAAUCAACAUGAAACAUUGCAGACCAACAGCACAGGCAUUGUGUCAUUGGUUUGAAUGUCUAAAAUACCUGUAAUUUUAGCCUUAAGUGCUUACACUCAAAGACAAAGUCAUAAGUAUUAACUUGAGGCAAAAUUAUUGUAGAUGGGGACCAGGUUCCAGAUGAAGAUGAGGAAGCAAUGAUGAAGAUGAUGGGUUUUUCUAAAUUUGAUACAACCAAGGUUUGAUUCUCUAUGAGCUUUGGUACAGUAGGCAUUAUGAUGAUCAUGAUUUGAAAUGAUAAUUUUGCUGGUAACAGUAAUCAAAUGGAAACAUGAAAUGGAGAUAAUGUGAACAAAAAUUGUGGGUUCUAAGUUAGGGCCUCUGUGUUAACGCUGCUUUGUUCUGCCAAUGGAGUGUAUGGGUUGUUAUAGCUCAGUUUGUAGAGCACUGCAGCACUGAUGGAGAGGUCAUGGGUUGGAAUCACAUUAAAACCCCCAAUUUUUCUUUCAAGGGAUGGGGAAGAUGGGGGCUAAUUUGCAAUAACUCAAACUGCUAUUACAGUGGUGAAGACAACCCCCACAUAAUUUUAUAAUAAUAACACUCUUGAUGAGUGAAAUUUAUGUCUGACAUUUCAACAACUUUAAAACCAAGAGAAAAACCUGGCCAAAUAUGUGUUAGGUAUACAUCCCCGCAAAACUAUAGUUUAUUUUUUAGUAUCCUUAGGCAUGUGAGGGUAUCUAAAAUCCAUUAAAUUAAAAAAAAAAACAUUUGCAUGAUUGCUUAACCAUAUCUUGUACAGCGGUCCUAGGGGUUACAAUAUGUUUCUCUUUGUAUUAUGGACUGUAGUAAUUGUGAUAUUGAUGUGGCUGGGAGAUGGAAAGGUUGUUAAACUGAUAUUAUAGCAUUUUUUUCUUUUAUUUUUAACUCUACAGGGUAAGCAUGUUCAUGGUCCUUGUAAUUCAAGCUACUCCAGUGUAAAGAAGCCCAACAAGUAUAGGUAAGAAGACCCUUUAUUUUCGACCAACACAAUUUUCUUAUUUUUAUUAUACAUUGUACUCACUAUCUGUCUUCUCACUGGCUAGGAGCCUAUGGUUAAUUUUGGAAAUCAGCGUCACCUACAGAUUAGUUAGUUAUGUGCUAGCAGAUAAGUGAUUAAUCUGUAGGAUGCGCACGUAAUGUAUGAUUUCCAUGACAAUGUCAAACUGUGUUCCAUGCAAUACUGUGUUUGUCCUUAUUUCCUUCAGAACAAUGCGUAUUAAAACAAUAAUAUAUUAGAUUUGAUUUUUGUGAUAUCCGGAAUAAUCAGGGUCAAGGGCUUAAUUUCCCAAGUUGUCUUUCUAUGGUAUUUGUAAAUAAGACAUACCUCCUAUAAACACUCUUCUUUUUCUUCUUCUUAUUGGGAUCUGGCUUGACAGCUAAGGUUGCUAAAUAAUAGUAAUUCUAAUGUUUUUAUUAACAUCAAACUUUAUUGCUUAAAAAUUUAAGUCCUCUGUUAGAUUCAAAAAUGGCAAUGGAGACAAACCAGACAACAUUUAAUGUAAAAUAAUCUAAGACAGUCUUGGAUUCUGGAUUCCACGCUGUGAAUUCCUGAUUCCAGGUACUGGCUGCCGGAUUCCUAGUUUGUGAAACUUCCAAUUGAUUCCAAUUGUUUGCGGGAUUCUGGAUCCUUGAGCUGAAUUCCGGAAUCCAAAGCCCAGGAUUCUGGAUCUCAGAAUCCAAAAUUUCGUGGUUUACCUUAAAUGGGUUGAAAGAUGAUUACAUGUAUAAUUAUAGUAACCAGGCUAAGUAAAAGGUGAUAAUGCUGUUACAGUACCAGGCGAAAACACGAUUGUGUUUGUUGUAUUUUUGCAGGCAAUACAUGAACAGAAGAGGAGGCUUCAAUAGACCGUUGGAUUAUGUUAAUUAGGAGCUUUAGAUGCUCUUUAGCAUUACACAGUUUGCAGACGCCUCAAGAGUUUCUUUGUCAGGUGGAACCUACAGCAAUCCUACAUCUACUGAUGCAUCUCUACUUACUCUUGAGUCAAUAUUGCUGUAAUCCUUUAGCCAGCCAAAUACGACACUUUAUAAUUAUAUUUUUUUAAUUACAGUCCAACGAGGUCACACGGUAUCCCCAUAGACUCUAUUAAUGAAUUCUUUAUGUGAAAAUUGAAUCCGUUAGUCUUUGCCAGUGUCAAAUUUAUUUCUUCAUUCUUUCAUAGGUAACAUGCCAGGAAACUCAACGUUCAUUUUGAAAUAAACUCGCUGUGAAUGUCUUGAGUUCAUAUGAUUUUAAGUAUUUUACCCAUUCAAAGUGUGAUAGAUCCUCCAAUGCAUGCAGGAAUUGGAUAUUAUACUCGAGUAACGACAGCGACUGAAGGAUUUAAUUUUCAAAUAAUCAAUUCAUAUUAGAAUCUAUGGGGGUUACGCUUGACUGUAACGUACUCUCUUACAAUAAAACUUUCAUUCAAGCUAUUUCAGGCCUUCCUCAAGCCACCAGUGUAAAGCGCGGGAAACUGAAACUGAGGGUAUGAUAUGGCGCCAAAACAGUACCCCCGGUCGUUUUCUCCCCUCGGGGAUAGAGUGAGGCUACACGUAGAUCUCGAAACGAAAAGCAAUCAAUUAUAUGGUCAUUACGUGACUAACGUUACUGCCGUUUUGUUACAGUUAAUGUUAUUUUGGUUUAUAACUAACUUCAUAUGAUCUCUUAAACGUCUCUGUACAUAUUUUGUAUAUAUUUUUUUUACUUUCAUGGUGAAAAAGUACAAGGAAACGCAGUUAGAUUUGUGUCUCAACGCUAAAACCCACACACACACAAAAUUAUCCUUUGUAAUUUUCGAGUGAGUUAGUGGCUAUUUCCGCAAUAGUACUAGUGAUUUUGUUAUACUCCAGCCUUUUAAGACUUGAAAUUAAAAAUUUGAUUGUGGACUGCUGUCACUAUAUAUUAUUUCGUUGGCUACAUGGAAACUGCUAAUUACAGCUGACGCAAAUUUAGUAGCUUUCGGGAUUGUUAUGUGCGCUUGCUCCCAUCGCUCCGCCACCAAAAAAAAAAAACGGAUCUUGCACGCUAAUCCCGCCAGCUACGCAGACUACAAUUAGCAUUCUUUCCUAUCGACAACUAAUAUUCAUUCCGAAUAUUUCUCCGUUCUCUGGUCGGCUUGCGGCUUAAAUCCGGAAUCCCCCGCCGAAUUUUUUAUUACCAGUUGGCAUUGACCAAAUUUGGAAAAUGUUUGCCAAUAUCCAUGAAAGUGACUCAUUUUUACGGAUAACUAGCAGAAAAAGGGAUUGCAGAAGGCGCCACGCAAAUUUCAAAGGAAUAACUGAACUACCGCCUUAAAACAAGACAGCCUCCUCCUCAGGCGCUUCGUGUUUCGCAUUGUUUCGUAAAGGCGAGCGCGAAACGCGAGUAACUGGUGACGAAGCGCAAGGGACCAUGGGAAGGGUAAAGAAGGGGGGCAAGGAUUACGCAUGGGCUACGCCCGUUUUCCCCUUCCCGCCUUCCAUUGCGCGCUAAUUUUUAUCAAGGGAGAGACGUGACAAGUGCUAUUUGAAGAAUAUGCGCUAGAAUAAUUAUCCCUUCAUAUCCUGAAACUACCGAAGAACAGGCAAAUGUUAUCCAGUUAUUGUUAAUUGUUGUUUUUUAUGCAAGUAGUAGUGUCGUACACUCGCUGACAACAGUUUCUGCAAACGUACAGCUUCGUUUACAUGGGCAAGUUUCGUAAAUAGCAAGACUUUGCCAGGAACAAUUAGUCAGUUUUUCCCUUUUUUCGCGAUCAACGUUUCAGUGCGACUACUCGAACCGGGGCACUUGGAAGCAUGGUCCCAUCAAAACGAUUUCUGAAAACGAAAGAUUAUCAAGUUUUUUUGCAAACGUACCAAUACAAUUCAAGAUUCAACUAUGAAACCGUUGAAAAUUUUACUUACCUGACCUCUCAUGGAACAGCCUUCAAGUUUAUGAAUGUUGUUGGUCCGUUUGCAAAAAAACUUGAGGUUCUUUUGUUUUCAGAAAUCGUUGUGAUUGGACAAUCUUCUUCCAAGUGUCCCGGUUCGAGUAGUCGCAUCGUAAAACGUCAACGAGAAUCUGAAAAACAAAAAGCUUGUAACUCUGCACGCGCAACUAUUUUUUUCUCCUGUUUGCUAGUUUCUACCCCAGCAAACCUGACGAAAAGUUCACCUUUCUAUCACAAAUUGAGCAAGGUUAAAUCUUAUAAAUAAUGAUUUUCCCCUGAUCAGCGAUUUUCGUCAUUUUCAAGCCUUCAAGAAAACCUUUCUGAGACCGAAAGCGAUUUAUCUUGUAAGGUUAGUUUCAAGUACCAGUGUUUGAAACUGGUCAGCAAACUUGAAGAACAAAUCAACUUAAGGAACGUUUAUUGAUUGUGUCUGCUCUCUCAAAAAUUGUGAGCACCCUAGUAAAACAAUUUUUGGAAGACAGAUUUUGAUAAUAUGAAGGCUUCAGUUUUUUCUAACUUGCUGACUAAGGAACCCAGGAGGGUCGCCCCUGCCUUCGGCUUCGCCAUGAUUUAACCUCGACUGUGUAAAUUUUCGACGCCAUACCAAACAUAAUUCAUUCUACAAACGUUUAUUAUGAGUAUGAAAUGGAAAUUAAUCUUACAGGUCCAGUAAUGAGGUGAAAUUCCGAGCCUAUUAUACUAUGCGCUUGACUACACCACUGGAAAAUGAGCAUUUACAGUCUGUGUAAGACGGAUUUAAUUAAUUUAUGAGUGCCCUUUCUUCGAAUCCUUCUGAGGAAAUCUAAGGCUGGGAUGCCUGCCGGGCAUGUCUUAACGUAUUUAUGAAGAUCAAUUUUGAAAAAGCAAAACACAUGAAAAAAUUUCACACAAAAACCACAGACAAACAUCUCACAUAGAUAACUUAAGGCAAGAGCCCCAUUAUGGCUCUUGCUCAAGGACUUUUGAACGUUUUUAUUUGGUACCAGUCCUCUCUCACAACUCAGUGCUUGUCAAUCAAUUAUUCAUGACUUGAUCGAACAAACUGUGAAAAUGGCGAUGGAGGCUCCUCCAACUUCACCGCAGUUAACAACUUAUGCUGCGCAAAAUACUGCCACUGUUACUCACACAGUUCCUGCAUCGCAUACGACAGUAAAUCUUAUACAACCUGAUCAAGGAAAAGGUCUUUACAUAGUCGAUCCUUCUCAACAGCAUGCUUUACAAAUGUUCGGAAGUCCCGAUCAGAGGACCUUCAUGGCGAACCCCGUCGAAUUUAACCCUGCAGCUGGAACAAUAACAACCACCGCUGUUUCUAAUGGAAAUGGACAGAUAACUAUGGUAAGCGUUAUUAAAUAGUUUGUUAGACACAUCUUAAACAAUGUACUCCAAUAGCAUUCGAGUACAGAAUUGGAGUUGGCCAUAAAAUAAGAUCUCGUGCGUUCGAUCUUUCUAAAGGACGCGGUUCCCUUUCACUAUUGUUGUGCCUUGAAUUCAAACGUCAAGUGGGUUGAAAAUCUCCCCGAAACAAGAAUAAACCAUCGCAGUCAUGGUCUCUCGUGAUCUUUCAACGUUUACUUAAGUCUCAGGAAAUUCAACCUGCCGGGCUAGCCGUGAAUUUAAAACCGUCCAAUCGAGAAAUGUCGCUCGAACUGCGUCGCUAUUGGUCUAAGCGUUCGCAGUACUUUUGUUUGUAUUGAAAUGAGUGAACACGUACCCAACAAGCAAGCAAACAGGCAGGAUUUUCAAUUGCCAAUCACAUCUAAGGUUAAUAUUGUUGUAUUGAAAGUCGAGCAUUCACCUAAACUUAUGCUUUUUACAAGAAAGUCUGACGUUCAGUUUCCUUGUAUCAUAGUGCCGCCUUGCAUUUUAAUAAAGACGAACAGAUGUUUUGAUGUUUUUUUUUUGGCGUCAGUCGCUUUGAAAGUUACCCUUUGCGUGUGAAAUUUAUUCAGUCUCCGUUUUUUUUUUCUGACCGAACUUUCGAAGUUAAUUCCGAAAGGUUUGGACCGUCUUGCUAUAAGGAAAUAAAUUGAAGUUGAAAUCUACAAGAAGUUUAUUUAUAAAGCUAAUUACAUUGGCAGUGAUCUCCCGAAAGUAUUAUUUUUCCCAAUAUUGUCGGCUCAGGUCACUCACUCUGUAUUGCCUCAAUUUCAAAAAUUCAUUUUGAGCUGACUUGUUUGCUGUUUUAGGAAUGAAAUCAACACAGAAUUUCUAUGUGUAAAUUUUUUUUUGGCCGGGGGGCUUUUUUUUAAUGAAUAUUCAUAUCCAUCAAAAUUAUCUCUCGCAUUAUUAUUGGGAAAGAGAGAUCCAAUGAAACAUGCCCUUGAAAAUCACAUGGGAAAGUAAUGAAAUGCUAAUGUGGGUCAGCUGCUGUACUUCAAAACAUUAUACUAGACAACUAAUAGUCUUGAAUGUUCCCUAACAGGUGGAACAAAAAAAAAAAGAAAGGAAAUCAACACUGUAACUACACCUUAGCUGGGAACCAGGCUCAUUGGUGGGGGAAUUAAUCAACAAAAAUACUAGUGCCCAUCGGAAAAUAACCUUCGCUGUGUGGAUGUUAAUGGGCUGUACUUCAAGAUGGGAUUUCUCCCUCGAAAAAACCUCAGCUAUUAUUAAAGAAAAAUCUUAUACUUUAGUUCCCUCUUUUCUCUACAUUUAUUGUUUAUAAUAUAAAACACCUCAUUUGCAUGCAAAAGAUGGAUCUAUUUAUGACUCAGCAAUUGCAUAGACUUGGCUUAUGCUCUUUGUCUUUAUUAUAAACGUUCUCACUGUCCAAAAUGUCUUUGUUUGUAGCAAAAAUCACAUUAAAUCCUAGAAGUCAUGAAUUUGCCUUUGUAAAGGCAGUGGGGUAAUUUGUGAGUUUGUAGACAGUUCUCUCAACCUGUGAAGUGGUCAAUUUAUGUGGUAGUCAUCAGAGUUAACAGAAUCCAUUUCUAGAUGCACAGAAAAAAAAGCAAAAACAAAAGAAGGUCGUAAAAGGUAAAUAAACUUGUCACUUUACCUUAGUCUACUUGAACAGAAAGAAUCGACACUAUUGACACCAUGGCCUGUUGAAGACCUACAGUACACCGUUGAAACGUGGUGAUGAAUAUCUAAGUGACAAUUGUGAGACAAAUGAUAAACAAAAUUUAUACAGAGAGAAAUUUAUUUUAUAUGUACUGUUAUGAGCGAUUACUUGCCUGUUUACUACUUUUUUUCAGCGCAGUGAACAAUAAUUAAUAAUGAGUAAUGAAUUUUCUGUAUUUGUGACUGCGUCAGCAUGUGUUGCAUUUAUUGACCAACAGAUGAAUGGACAGCCCAUAGCAACUCAGAGACUACCAGUUGCUAUGGAAACCUUGGAUGAGCCCCUUUAUGUCAAUGCAAAACAGUACCACAGAAUAAUAAAAAGGCGGCAAGCCAGAGCAAAGCUUGAAGCAGAGGGGAAAAUACCCAAGGCCCGAAAGGUAAGUUUUUGUGGGCUAUUUGUUUUUAAAGCAAAGGAAUUCUUACUUGUCAAAAAGGCUACUGGUUGCUGCGUUUCUAAACUUUUAUGAAAGAGACGUAAGUUAUAUAUGUUUUUAAAAGGACUUGUUAUUUAUUUAAUAAACCAAUUUCAGUGGGGUGGUUAUUUAUUGGUAUUUUGACCUGAGAGAGGCACUUUAUUUACAACAAGCCAAUAAUGAUCUUAUCUCCUUACUUCUGCAGAAAUAUCUCCAUGAGUCUAGACAUCAGCAUGCUUGCCGAAGAAGACGCAGCAAUGGAGGAAGAUUCGUUACAAAACCUGGUGAAACUGAUGUACAGGAGGGUGGUGGAAGUGCAGCUAAUAACCAGGUAUUUCAAGAAGGCUUGAUCGCAACACAGGAACAUGAUCCUCAAGAGCAUGCCUACAGUAACAUUGUACAGGAUACUGAAGCUGAAAGGGUGCAAAUAGCAAGUCAGGGUGCCGAGCAAACAGAAUAA